UUGAGAACGUAUUUGUGAAUGUUAUAUGUUUGUUUUUACUGCUCAGACAUUCUGAUACUAUGUUCAACCUGCCUUGUUUUUUUUAAAUUUGUUGUUCAGUCAGUGGAAAAAAAAGCUAAACGUUAGCCUACAUGUUAGCGGACUUGUUAAGCUGUUUUUAGUCUCUAUGACUGAAUUUAGCUAACGUUACUUCUUAUAUUGGGAUAAUUUACCAAAGUGUUAGUUAGUUAUAAGAAAUGUAUUUUAUUUAUGAGUAACAGCGGUGGGAGUCCCUGAAGGCGUCACCGUUCACCGCUGUGUGGCUGCAGAUCUUUGCGGCUCUGGAGGAUGAGGAGCGGCGGGGAUGCUGCUGCCUCUGCUCCGCCGAUCACACACUCGGUCCCGCUGGUAGUCUGAGGGGAAACAGUCGCAGCCAUGGCCUCGGACAUCCCCCCAGAGGCCAUCGGCUUCCUGUCGGCGGUGGGCGUCUUCAUCGUGGCGUUGGCCGUCCUCUUCCUCUUCAUCAACAAGAAGCUGUGUUUCUCACGCAUCGGUGGACUGCGCUGUCUGGAGCAACAUGGCCGCCGGAAGAAAGGACGACUGGGAAUCCGCCAGGGGCUCGACAUAGGGGAGGAGAGUCUUGCAACACACACGCGUGUUUCAGAGGGAGAAGUGAGCAGCUACGGUGGCGAUGAUGAUGAAAAUGCCAGCAGCUCCUCUGACAGUGAAGACGAGGUUCUGAAGCAGUUUGAGAUCUCGGUGUCACGUUCGCAGAGUUUUCGUACCUCAGCAGCAGCGAACAGCGGCGACCAGCAGCCGACUCAGCUGUCGUUGGGCCGACGCCACAAAUUCACCCGACUGUCGGACCAGGAGGAGGGCAGCACCGAGCCAUCAGACUGUGAAGACAUGGAGGCUCAGAAUCCGCCGAAGGGUUUCCAGGACCCGCUCUCUGCAGCGGCACAAGAGAACGAGAGGCCGUCGGCGGUCUCUCCGAACAGACCGGCUGCACUGGAAGCAUCGAGCACCAGGGACAGUCCAGUCCCAAGUAUGAAUCGACAAGCCGCAGAUGGCAGCGAGGACACGGAGAAGCCUGCAGAUUACGACAAGAAUGAUGCCACAGACAGCUCCUCCACCUGGAGCCCAGAGCAAGAGCAUCCUCCCCAGGAUGAGGUCUCCACUCAGCCGGCCACUUCAUCCCCUCGAACCCCCAUCUCUAAAUGUGGAGACUUGGUCCUCUCUUUGGAGUACCGGCCCGACACAGAGAAGCUGCUGGUCUCCGUGAUCGCGGCCCGGGACGUCCCCGACAAGGCCCGCAGCGGCAUGGACUCCUGGCAGGUGCACAUGGUCCUGCUCCCCUCCAAGAAACAACGCCACAAGACAUCAGUGCAGAAAGGCUCGCUGCCGCACUUCAACGAGACAUUUCGCUUCUCACGCCUGGAGCCGUCAGACCUGCACAUGACGGCCAUCAGGUUCAGGCUGUACGCGCUCGGACCUUCUCGGAUGUCUCGUGAGCGGAUGAUGGGUGAGAAGGUGCUGCGUUUAGGUGGGCUGGACCCGGACGGAGGGACGAUGGAGACGACACUGGUCAUGGAGCCUCGCAGUAACCUCAAGAGCGUGGACUCCCAGCUGAGCCUGUCUGCUGUGUCACAGAGCGACAGCGCCUCGUCCACUCAGUCUCUCACUCAUGGCGGCGUCCCCGAGCUGCUGGUGGGUCUCACCUACAACGCCACCACAGGACGCAUGUCGGUGGAGCUCAUCAAGGGCAGCCACUUCAGAAACCUGGCCAUCAAUAGACCACCAGACACCUAUGGGCGUCUGACUCUGCUAAACUCGGUCGGGCAGGAGAUCUCUCGCUGUAAGACGUCGGUGCGUCGCGGCCAGCCCAACCCCGUCUACAAGGAGACCUUCGUCUUCCAGGUGGCGCUGUUCCAGCUGUCAGACGUCACGCUGCUGGUCUCCAUCUACAACCGCCGCAGCAUGAAGCGCAAGGAGAUGGUGGGCUGGGUCGCUCUGGGCCAGAACAGCAGCGGCGAAGAGGAGCAGCUCCACUGGCAGGACAUGAAGGAGAGUCGAGGACAGCAGGUUUGCCGCUGGCACGUCCUCCUUGAGGCAUAACGCCACCACGAUAUAGGAUUUUUUUUUCAAAGAGAAAGGGAGUUUAUUUUUGCGCUGGAGUUCUUGAGGAAUGAUUGAUUUGAUGUGCGGACGGGAUGAUGCAUGUGGUUUCAAAGGCGAUGGAUUCAAGGACGUAGCUUUCUUAGAGCACGCUCUCCAGUAUCGUCACAUCAACAUCAAACCUGGCUGGUUAUUUGGUGUCAACUUGAGGAACAAAUUCCUCUGCUUUUGGAGGCCGACACAAGUUUAAAAGCGGAUGUUUCUGUUGGUGAAUAAAGAAUUAAAUAACUGAAUAAUAACUGAAAGAAGAAAGCCUUCAGCGAGGUUACAUGACAAAUAGAGGAAUAAGUCAUCGAAAAUAUUUCUUUGGAUAUUAAACCUUUAUAAAUUCUUUCAGAAUUUCACUUCUCCUUCUCCAUAAAAAAAUCUUUGGAGAAGAUCCGUCGACCUCCAAGAGGAGCUGAGAAUUUAUCCUUCACUUCUAGCUUUUUAUUUGCUAAAGCAGCUCAGUUGUGAGAGGAGGAAGCUGCAGUUUAGUUUUUCUAGUGAAAUGCUGUGUUAGAAAGUACAUACAAAUUAGAGGUGUGUGCGUGCGUGUGUGCGUGUGUGACUUGUUAUUUCUAAAUCUUGCUGUUCUUUUACUGGCUGGCAAAUCAAUGGAGAUGCCAACGAAACUGCACAGCGAGAUGAUCAGUUCUGAGCUGAUGGAGACAGGAAACAGAGAGAUGCAACGUUGUGAAAAAUUGAAAAUAUUUUUGUCAGAAACACGGCAGGUUUGUCUCAAACUGAGCACAAAUAAGCUGAGAGUGGUGGGUUUUAUGUGACGAUCGACACGAAUCAAUCAAAAGUCCAGGAAGUAAUCAAUACAUUCAUUCAUUACAAGGCACUCAUCCGUCCACAUAAUCACCUUCCUAACCACCAUAGUUUGCUCCAUAAACUGUCCCCAGAGCUCUUAUCUGGGCUUCAACUCACAAAUUAGUGAUUAAUCAACUCAUAAUUUUCAAACUAAGUCAACUAAUGUACCAAAAAAAACAGAGUGGAAACGCAGAAAAUCAACCUAAAAAAUAUUACAGAAGGUUUUUACGUUGGGCUGAGGUGAAAAAGUUGUAUUGAUAAAAUCACAAUGCGAAAAAUUGCCAUGGAAACAGAUCUGAGGAAUUAAUCAUGACAUACAUGAAGCAUGUGACUCAAAGGAAUAUUUCUAAUUACUUAACUCGUGUUAUGUUGAAUCCAUGAGGAGAACUUUGUUGCAAAUGUUCUUGCUUGCCUCUGGUCAAUGGAGAAAAAAUUAAGAAAAUAAAAUUAAGAAAAUACUUGAUGAUUUAAAGUGAAUGAAUUGGUGAUGGUGAUGAUUAAAACCGUGUUUAACAACUGCAACACUACAUCAAAACGUCUGUUUACGAACUCUUAAACAACUGGUACAACAUAAUCAAAGCCUUAUUUAUCCAGUGGUAUGCUCAGUACUUCCCAAAAAAUGCAUUUUGGCUAAAAACUGUUUAAAACACUUCUGCAUCAACAAUCAUAUGCAUCUGAAAGAGAAACUUAUCUUAAACAGUAAUUUUACCUCACUUAUCACAGAAGCUCAGCUGCUGCCUCGAUCAGAGUGUUUGUGUCACAAAUUAAAUGGCACUAGUUUAAAAAAAACAACAACAAAAAACACUUUUUAUUGUUGCCAGGCAACCACCCCAUCACGUCCUUACACUAACCUUCCCUUGUAAUCAAUCUACCAUUAUUUUUUUUCUCAUGUUAAUUAGUAUCUAGUUCCUAAAGUGUUAAGGCAGAGGGCAGAGGCUGUAGCGCUGGUCGAGGGUGCACAGGGAAACGGAGAUCUGUGUGGGUACAUGAGACCCUAAUAAAGAGGGUGGAUCACAGGAGCUUCUCCUCCAUGAUGGCCGUAUGCAGGCACAUAUCAAAAGGCUGUAUAACUUUGGGUAUCCAGCAACUGCUACCACCAGUUUCUCCUCCAUUGUUUACUAACUGUAAACAACGCCUCUCAAAUCAUCCAAUUGGACAAUGGGAAGAAAGAUGAUGAAGGAGAUGAUGUGGGGCGUUAUUCCGCUUUGAGUUUAAGUUUUUUCAACCAGAGCAGUUCAGAGUGCUCCGGCAAAAAUGCCAGCUGCCGAGAGCGCAGAAACACGAGGCGCAUCACAACGCAAAAAGCUUAAUUCUCACUUAAACAAUUACAAAAAGGCGCCUCCAGCUGCUAAAACGCUUUCUGCGUGAUCAGGGCCUUAAAGAGGUAAAUCUACUGCUUUUGCCAGUGGACUCUGACAAGUAUUGAGCAUACGACUGGAUAAGUGAGACUUGGAUUAUACUGAACAAGUUCUGUGAGAGUUUGUAAACAGAUGUUUUUAUUUAGUUUUGCUAUUUUGAACCCGAACCCCAAUGACUUUCAAGAAUUUUGUUCGUUUUUGGAUUCUUCGUUAACCAGAGGCAAGCGAGAAAAUUCAGCGUAACACAGGGUGAGUAAUUGAUAUACAAACGGCCAUUUAGUGGUAAAAUAUUUCUUUAAACAACCUCCGAAGAGGCAAAAACAUGAGAUUUGUAUGGAGUGACAAAGAGACUAUAACCUUCCUCACAUUAAAAACAUGAGAUAAACACAAUCGGCAUAUUUACAUAAAGUUUUCCCGCUUGGUUUCCUAUGAUUUCAGCUUUCCUUCUGAUGAUGUCAUCUCCUUGUGCCCUCUUGUUUUACACCUGGCUGGAGAAUUAGCUCCACUAACAGUUUAUCACUAACUCCUCAUAUUCACAUUAACAGUAGUGGAUGGAAAUGUGCAGAAACUCACAUGUUUUUUGUUCUACAUUUGGAUGGAAACCUCACUGGCGUUCAUGUUGCCACUGCAGGAUGACAUCACCAUAAAAUACUGAGUGAGGAAACAAACACGAGAGUAGAAGUGAAGAUGCUUUAUGAUUCAAGUGGAGGAGGAAGGCGUCUCAUUCAUAUUUAGCACUCAUUCAUAUUCUGACACAUGUGGUACUACAGGCAGGAAGUAGCAGCAGCUGGAGACUCUUAACCCGUUGGGAUGAGAGCAUCUCUUCCCUCGUCGAUGCUGAAUGAUGUUAUUUGGCCUCGGCUCCAUCUCCUUCACAGGGCAAAGCUCAUUUCAACACCCAUCAACGCUGAGCUGAAAAGCGGCUUUAAAUAUCUCACUGCAGCUGUUAAUAACAUGCAGUGAAUUACCCUGGAAGUGUGUGUUUUUUCCCCCCGUACACUCGCUCUGUGGUCUAAUUGGUAGUUACAGCUGUAGGAUUGUACAGUGUGAUGACGGUAAUGCCGCUGCUAAUGCUCAUCCCCUUCCAGUCUGAGCAUCAUUGAGUCAUAAGGCAUCAGUUCAGCCCGGAGGGGAGGAUUAUAUUUGUUUGUGUAGACAGAUACUGUAGCUCCAAACCCCCUCGAGGCUGGGCUGGGGUGGGGGGUUCACACACCGACAGCAGGAGAUGUGUUUAUAUGAGCGUUUGUUUUCUUCAGUCAGGUGACAACAGAGCUCUCUUUAGAAAUGAUGAACUGCAGCUGGUUUUGAAAACUGUCAUCGGAAGAAGAAAGUGACUAAAAAAUACAUGAUUUCAUGGGUUUAUGAAGAUGACAGUCUGUAAUUAUGUUUUGAAAAUGAAGCAUAACAAAAAAACUGAAAGGCUGAUGUUCAUAUUCAAAUUCUUCAUGUGAAUGAAAGGGUCAGUUCACCCAAAUCAAAAGAAAGCCUGUCCCCACACAUCCGUAACAGGCAUUGCGCAAUCCAGUUAUUUUAAAAGACACCAUCCCAACACAAAGGACAUGAAUGCAAUUUUGGUUUUGCUGCUAAAAGCACUAAAUUAUAUUGAAAAAUGUCACAGGACCUUGUAUUUCCAGAAUUUAAUGCUGGUAUUUUUCAUAAUCCUCAGACCAAACAAACAUAAAAAUGCUUUCCAUUGUAUAUAAUCGAAGCUUUUAAUACUACACAAAGUAAAAUAUUAAAAUUUAAGACCAUAUCUUUUAUGGCUGCACCAAAGUCUUAAUGUCUUGUGCAUCAUUUUAUGCACGUCCCCAAAGUUCAGACAUAUUUGAUAUCUUUUAAUAUUGGGAUUUCCACUAAAAUUAAGAAUUCACUCUUAUUGGUUUGGACAGUUUAUUUCAACAAAUAUUGCUACUUUCACCCUUGCUUCUUAGAGACAGUAGUCAUUUUUCUAGGGCUGCCUCCGACUAAGAAUUUUCCUAGCUGACCAAUAGUAGUCAUUUAGGUCCAUUAGUCGACUGGUCGCCUGCAUGUUUACGAUAUUAAUGUAAUGAUUAAAUGAUAUAUUUUGGUGGUUUGAGUUGAAGGUGUGAGAAAGUAUAGUAUCAGUAACAUUGUUAACACUGUGCUACAUUACAGAGAAAUACAAAACCAUACUAAUGAACCUUCAUUAAUAUAGGCCUAUAUUUUAUCUACAGGUGCACGUCACACACUGAGCGAGCCGCCUGUUAAUGACACUGUGGGCUAAUGGGCAUGUAGCUACUUCCAUGUUUCAGAUGAUACGUCAUGUUUGUAGUCGACCAAUGAAGAUGAGUUUACAUAUCACCUUGAGUUCGUCCUUCACCUUCUCAAAAUGAUCCCACACUUUGGAUUUCCUGACCGACAUGUUAUUAACUAGCCUGUGGAAUAACCGCAGGUACCAGCCCUGGAAAUUAGGGGCCGUACACAUGCCGCAUGUGUUGGACUAAGCGCCCACAGAAAUCCUGCCGACUAAUGACCUUUGUGGUCGACUAACGUUUUGGUCGACUAUUAGGGGGCAGCCCUACAUUUUUCAGGUGUUCCUUGUCUUAAGUGUUUAAACAAACAAGUACUGUAAUUUUUCUAGUUUCUACUCUGGAUAAUCUACAAACAUAUCAUCUUUCAACAACUGUCUAACUAAAGCUAGAAAAUACUGAAAUAUGUCUAUGAAUCAUAUUUUCCAUCUCGUCUCAGCAUGUCAUUGAAGCUACUUCACACCCAAGAAGCUAUGUUUUGCACUGUUCCACCAAAACCAAAUGUUCUAGAUGUCUCAUGCAUGCAGCAUGUUACGCACAUUUAUCCAGAUUUUGCCUCGUACAUUUAGCAUCUUUGGAACCUUUAAGACCUCAACUAGAGAUUCAAAUAAAGUUCUGUGAGUUUAAACAAAGCUUCAUACAACAUAAGUGUACAAAACAUGAAACAAAGAAGGUUAAUUAGCCUACAAUAUCCUUGGGUGCACUUACUUUUGUACAAUUUGUUUUGAGUGUCUCUCUGUAAAGUAGAGGACUUUUUAAGAGCCCACUGGACAAAUGAAAACUGUAAUUCAGUUUAUAGUUGAAGGAAGACGGACAUUUUAAAUCCAGAACAGGAGAUAAUCGUUAGAAUUUCCAAAUGGCGGAGGAGGAGAUAUCCUCAUGAAACACAUACAUGAUUCAAAAGAGUUGAGAUUCACUACCAAGCCUACAUCAUCAUCAUCAUCAUCAUCAUCAUCACAUACUUCACAAACCAUAAAGAACACAAUUGUUCCGAUGUAUUCGACCCACUUCUCUCCGUUCCAAUGAGAACACAAUGAUAUAUAUGUUUAUUUAUUCAGGGAAGCUUUCAGCGGUGAAGAUAAGGUCUUUAAGUUCAAGAAUGAAUGAUAUGCGGAAGGACACACUAUACUCAUUCUAUAUCUGUUAGACGCAGGAAACAAGCUGUAAAUGCUGUAUGUCUCGUGUUUAAACUGCAGAUAUGUGAUGACGAAUACUUCAGGUAUAAAUGAAGCAUUGGAUGAAGAAUAGGAGUGCUGCAGCUGGCUGUAAAGGCUGGAUUGUUUUUAUUUUUAUUUGAUUUUUAAUAUUUUUUGUACAUAAAAACUAAUCUAAGGCCACAAUAUGGGACUUUUGAGUUAAGUUUAUGUAGGCGGAGUCAAAAACCACAAGUUAGCUACAGUUAGCUUUGGCUCCGUUAGCUGUUUCUACAAAGUUUUUUUUCUUAUUUUCUCAGUGGCUUUUUCUGUCCACAAAGUAAAUGAGUAUUUACAACUGUAUGUGCUGAUAAAAUAAUAGCACCAAGCUAAGAUAAACGAACAAUUGCGCCCUAAGUUAGCCUGCUGUUGAUAGCUUUCCAUCCUAGCAUGCAGCUUAAAAUGAUGAACAGAAGUUCAAUCGCUCCAAAUUAAGAAUGAAUCAUUUUGGUAGUAGUAAUAGUAAAACAUUGGACCCUGGUUGCCAGUCAUAAAAUUCUGUUUUUAACCAAGCUGAAAUAGCAGCUGACGCUUACAGAUUUCGUUAGCUAAAGCAAGCAUGCUAAUAAACGUUAGCUCCAUGAGUUGGUUGGAAUUCUUGUCUCCGUCUGACUUGUAUCAAUAUGAAAAAACCUGACAAAGCAUCUUAAAUUUGGCUACAUAAAUGACAUCAUGCUAACUUGCCCAUGUAGUGAUGAAAAAAAGGCUAAAGCAGACAUAAAGAAACUAGCAUUGUUCACUAGUUAGGCUUAGCUAGUUAGCCAGUUAGCAUUAGUGUUAUAGUAAUAUGUUCACAAUAGAAAUACAUAAUAAGUUACUUGGACAAACAACACAAAGGUUCCAUUUACUUUCUUGGUCAUUCCUGUUAUGCAGCGACAUUUCUGCCCACAUGAAUGAAUUCCUCAUAUUUUCUUUAAAAUGUGCCCAAUAUUUACGUAUAAAAAAUGGCUUAAAUUAUAGGCCUUCAACAGAUAAUAAUGCACAUUAAAUAUACUUUUCUGCUGACCUCUUAUUUUAUGUUAUUUUUUGAUCCAUGUGCUCUUUUUUUUACCAUGUCCCCAGUUCAUAGUCAGUAACUUUAAAUAAAAUGAUAAAAUACUCAAAAUAGUUCCACCAUGUUAGACUAAAUUAUGAAGACAGAUGGUCCAAUCAAAAAAGUGAAAAAAUGUACUUGAUUUAGUUAUAAAAAUAAAAAUCUGUUAUGUGUUGAGGGUUAGCUAGCUAAAUCAGGAUCACUCACAGAGCUAUGGCUAACUUAGCUCGAAAUUUUCCAUACUUUAAGGUGGAUAGCCCAAGUAAACCAGUCUACCCAUAAAGAUUAAUGUUGCGUAAAUAAUGCAAAUGUUGCUUCAUGACAGGAAUGACACCUUUACUGAAUUUUCAAAUGGUAUUUUUUGCUUUUACACAUGAAAAUCCUUUCUGGAUUGCGGGUAAACUCUCCGCCAAACCAAAUUAAGGGCAGGGCAGAGCUGCUAAUGUUAGCCUAAACUGUGAUAGAGGUCAAAUAUAUGAUACAGUAGCAUCCACGUCCGGCUCCAAUAGUGGAUGCUCCAGUGCUGAUUUGGACUUUUUGUAACCAUAAACCAGCAAAAUCAAGUAGUUACGUCAUGAUGUGCUAUCCCUUGCUGUUAGUAGUAUUGCUUGAUUAGCCUACCACUAGUAGUAAGCUAGUUAGCUAGGCCUGCUAGCAUUAGCAUGAAUUCCUUACAGUUUUUCGCUUUUGUUAUUAAGGAGAAAAAAUAGUUCAACUUUAAAGAUACGAAAGCUUAUCAUGACCCAUGGGUUGCUAAGCUAUGAUCUGAAAAUCCCUGUCUGGUAAAGGGGUUAAGCUAACGGCCAUUUUUUUGCUAGCUAGCUAGCAGACUGGCAAACUCCAAAGCAGUUUUGUUGUGUUUGUAUAAAAAUGUGAAGGUUUGGAAGUGUUAGCAACCAACGUACAAGAGCAGUUGUGUGUAAAUUUAAAUUUAUUGCAUCAUGAAACUGAAUUUUUUUAGCUGUUUAGUGAAAUGACAAAAAUAAAGACAGGAAAUUUCAAGUAGCAGCACAACAAACUGUGCUACCACAUCUUUUUCUCUCAAAUUACAGUAGGCCUAUCUUACAAAACAUUAUUAGUGGUAGUCAUUUUUGUCAAUUAGUGAGCUACGUUUUUGUUUGGCAGAUGAGUCAAACAACCUGUCACAGGUUUUGAUAUCAGCACUCCUAUUCUGCAGGCUUCAUACAUGUGAGCGUGAAUAGUGACAUGAACUAUAGUUACUGCACAGACUGAUAUAUUUUAUGCAUGUCAAGCUGUUGUACAGAAUGUAAUAUCUAUUAUAUAUUUUUUAAAAUAGUAAAUGUUAAAUGUUCUUAUUAGUAUUUCCCAGGAUUUCUAUUUCGUAUUUACACGUCUGCAUGCUCGGUUUGAGACCCCAGGUUGUAUUACAGAUGUGAGACAAUCAGGUUGUGCUGCAGAUGUGAUACCGUUGUAAUAACUCUGAUGAUGAAGUGCCUGUAACAUUUUGAGAUCAAACAUAUCCACCAUGAGAACAUAGAUGAUCCAAAUUUGCAUGAAGCCUUCUCGUUGUUCCCUGUGAAUGCUGCUGUAGGACUGCAUGCAUGAGAGGUGACUAUGAUGUCAAGGCCUGGACCAGGACUGAGGUCCAAGUCCAAGUCAGACCAGGACUGAAGCUCAAGUCAGACCAGAUUCAGUCAGGUACAAGUCCAUACGACACCUACAGGAAGUUAAAGUCAAAAAAAUAAAAAGAAACUAAAGCACAGUCCCCUUUUUCCGUAUAUGAAUAUCCUGGCAGGUCUUAGAUCUUCACUGACAUCCAAAGUAGAGCCUGCAGCUGACACAACUGAGACACUGACUCUGUAGAGACUGCGGUUCUGGUCUGGCCUGGUCUGGUCUGGGUCAUGCAUGCUGAGCACCCAGAAAGCACUUUUUGUACCAAGUUUUGUCGUUGCCAAUAAAAGCCAGAAGAUCCCUGCUGUGGGAACGUCUGUCUGCCAUCUGUUUUCUUUGGUUUGUCUCCUCGUCCCGCUCAGAUGUCUUAAUUCUGAGAAUGAGGCUUUUCUAACCAGUUAACAACAAAACCACACAGUUCAUCCCCCUGUGAUUGGUAGUGGAGAUUUCCAGUUUCACAUAGGAAAUCUCAGAGUGGAUUACAGAUUAGGGAAAGUAUUUUGUGUUGAAGUGUUUUGGGAAAGUUUAAUCUUUGGCAGCAGAUGCUUUGGGUUUAGACUUAGUCAACAAACAUGCAGCUUGUUUGUGUUGCUGUUUAUUAGCUGCACAGUGUCAAGUGUUCAAUUAACCAUUAUUAUUUCUUAAAAUAUGCUUAGCACAGUCACCAGAGGAAAAUGUUGGCAUCGUACAUUUCUGCAAAUCACGAACAGGUUAGAUUUGCACGUUUCAUAUAUCAAUGUUGUAUCAAUGCAAAUGUAACAUAUCUGUUGUUUACAGAUUCGUACAAUGCCAACAUUUUUUGAGGUGACUGGGUGACUGUCUGGUGGUGUAUGGUCACAUUUGAUUUGAUUUUAACCACUUAAAACUUAUGUCAUGUUCCUGACUUUAAUGACUGAAAAUAAUCAAUUCAUAUGCCGUUGGGUCAUUAUAAUCUAUCAGUUAUCUUCCUAUAGUAUUGUACAAGAAAAUUUAAAGCCAAGACAUAAGCUAUGUUUCCAUCCAAAAGUGAUUUCAAUCAUUGGGAAAUGCGCAUUAAAAGAAAUAUGAAUCCUGCGUGUUUCCAUUAAAUGUACAGACUUUGGAAACAACUGGAAACAAAACAAGUCUCGCAUUCUUCUUCUUCUACGUUUUCUGGCAGUUGGCAACCAGCUUGUAAAUGCAUUACCGCCUUCCUGACCCGGAGUGUGGAUAUCACCAUGGAGAGAGGUGCGCUACGUCAUUUAAUGGAAACACACAGGAUUCGUAUUUCUUUUAAUGCGCAUUUCCCAAUGAUUCGAAUCACUUUUGGAUGGAAACAUAGCUAUUGUCCUUCAAAACUUAAAGUUCAAAGUCUCAAAAAAAUAAGGUUAUUAUAGAUUAUUAUUAAUAAUAUUAUAAAGAAUAUACAAUUAUAACACAAGAGCCAACAGUGAAAUCUUAAAUCCUUGUAGAUUCAAGUCUAAGAUGUGUAAGAACUGCUUUAUGUGCUGGUACCUUGGAGGGAAUAUAUUUUCUAGUCUUUAGUUUCUGUUUUCUAUGUUUCUUGAUGUCUAAUGUGAUAUCACGUCUAAUGCCUGUUUCUGUCUUGAUGGACUGUAAAUAACAGAGACAAUAGUAGAGAUAAGUACAGGACUUAAUACUUUUAAUCCCAGACAAAGUCAAAAUGCUGUCAAUAAACCACAACAAACAAAAAAUAACAAGUUUAACAUAGAAAUGCAUGUUUUUCCCCCCAAUAUAACAGGAACAUACUGAUGAUAUGUAAGAUAAUAAAACCAGAUCCUUCCACACUUACUGGUUUAAUAUGUCAACAAUAAACAAACACAAACAGAGUCUGGCCCAUUGAACCGCUGGUUAGCACCAACAUUCCCAUGAUUCAUUAUGUCAUAGUGUAAAUUGUCAUCUUGUCCUACUAGAGCAUAGUGAAAUCUCACACUGGAUUUUAUAGAAAUUUUGAAUAUAAAAUAAAUCUUAUUUCAGUGUAUCUGUUUUAGAAGUUUCAAGUAACCAUGAAUAAAUAAAUAAAGAACAAACAAUUAAGGAAAAAAGAUGAAACAAUAAUGGCUGAAAUUUGAUUGCCUCAGUGAAAAAUAAAAAGUCAGUUAAAUCAUAAAGUUAAUGGGUUCGAGACUGAAUUAAAAAAGAUAUUCUUUCCUGAAUACAGAAAAUUAAUAAAAAAAAAAUAAUAAUAAUAAAAUACCAAAGAAGUAGUAAAACCUUAAUUGGAAAAUAAAAUCGAAUAAUAAUAAUAAUAAUCUAAACAAAAAUAAAGCUAAAAUAAUUUAAAAUUGAUAAAAGAAAAAAAGAGAAAACUGAUAACUGUUCAAAACUGUCUAUCACCCUUUAUAACUGUAUCAAUCAAUGACGUAACCUGCAUGAAGUACUUCACAGUGCUUGUGUUUAAAACGUAAAAACGUAAACAAAAAAAACCCCAAACCAAAACAAAACUUUUUUUUUUUAACUUCUGGAGACAUAAAUUUGUCUCAGUGUGUCCCUGUGUUGGUAAAAAAGGAGCACACACACACACACACACACACACACACACACACACACACACACACACACAAACACACACACCGUGCAGCCUCGGAUAUGCGGGAAGACGAGGACUGAUGCUGGCGCGUCAUCUCCGCGCUUACUCAGUCUCCUAGCAACAGGAAACAUCUGCCUCCGCGAGGACCAAUGAGGGCGCGCGCACAGAGCUGUGUGUUGUCUCUUGUUGCUGUGAACGGGAUAUUUUAGGAGGCUGGAGAGCAGCGAGCGUCUCACCCCGGAGGAGCUGGAGCUGGCUGCCUGUCUGUCUGUGCGUCCGUCUGUCUGCCUGCAGGGACCGAGGGGAGGCUCUGACUCAGGCCGGGCUGGAGCGUCGCUGAAUCGGGUGUGAGGACGGUGGAUGUGGCGCCGUGGAGCGGAGGAGCGGAGGACAUCACCGGAGAGAGACAGAGAGGCUUUAAGUGGGAUUUACUGACCUGCUGCUGGACGGAAUUAUUUAAAGGAGUCUGAGGGCGAUGUGGAGGCUCAGAUCGGCUCAGACGCACUGAUUGAGCGCCGGCUGUGGAGCAUCAGCAGCAGCAGCCCCUUCCCUGUGAGAGAGACCAAACCAUUCAACAACGUCGAAAGUUGCUUACUUCAAGAGGAAAUAUGCGGAGGAGGAGGAUUUACACGGAGGCCUACAUGGAUAUUUUCAAAAACACCUGAUACUGCAGGAGGACCGGAGCUGCAUCCUGAAGCUGUCCCUGGAGAAGCUGAGGUUCCUGGAGGACCCCGAGGCCUACCUGCGGCGCUCCGUCCUUAUCAACAACCUGCUGAGGAAGAUCCACCAUGAGGAGGAGGAGCUGGAGGCUGAAGAGGAGGAAGAGGAAGAAGAAGAUGAAGUAGAAGAGGAGGAGGAAGAAGAAGAAUUAGAGGAAGAGGUGAUAGGAGAGAGGGGGCAGCAGAGGCUGUUGUACCCGGACAGGAAGAGGGUGAAGGUGCUGGUGAUGGACUGCUGCUCUCCGGCGUUUGGCCUGGAGGAGCUGCAGCAUUACCGGCUGGUGCCCUGUUACCCAUCAGCCGGGUGCCUGUACAGCCUGGGUACCUGCCCGGGCCUCGCCCCAAACCACCAGGUCCUUCUGUACAACCUGGACGACAACGGCUGACUGCCCACACCUCACUGCCUCUUUGCAAAGCUGGGAAAUGCAGUUCAUGUUACAGCCAGGCAUGUGGACAUGUACUGUUUGUUUAAAAUCACCAAGAUGAAAGCUGCUGGCGUUCUCCCACUAAAAACCUUUGAGGGACACGUGUCAUGGGGUCUGUUUUGUCCGUUGCCAGGAUGUCACCUCCUCUUGUCUCCUCGCUAUGAGGCAGCAAUGGAUUUGAAAAGCUGAGAAACCCUCAUUCUGCUUCAGGAUCAGCAGGGUCUCUGAUGUUGAUGUCAAACUCUGUCGCAGCGUCACUGCCAUUUUACUAUACGUGCAAAUGUGAGAGACUUUGAAGCGGGCUGUUGGUGUUGUGUAAUUGAUUUUUAUUGUCAUUGUUGCUCAUGUGAAAACCGUGAGCGUAUUCAGGGAUUUACAGACUGCAGGCUACUUUUUUGAUGCACCUUGGCUUGCGUGGAGAAUAUGCGCUGAUAUGCUUCUGUUAUCUUUUUAUGCUACUGUGUGAUUUAUGAAAUAUUUUGUGUAACAUUCCCUGGACUGUGUGAACCGUCAUGCAAUCUCAAGACACUACAUCCUCUGAGGUGCAUUUACUGCCCAUGGGAAGACUGUUUCUCUCUCUGUAUUUGAUGUCCUGUGUUUUGCAUCACUUUGCUGCCCUCUGCUGGUGAAAUAAUUCAUGCUGAGGCCAUUUAUAGUGGCUGAUGUGUUCAAAUCUCACAAUGCAAGUAAUAAGAUGGUAACACUUUAAACCCUUUGUUAAGCAUUUAUAAGCAGCAUACAAAUGGUUCAUAACAGUAUAAUUCAGUUAUAAGCAGAUAUAAGUGUUUAUUAACUCCUCCUGUAGGUAAAUGAGUGACAACAUUGUAAAAUGCAGAUGUAAUACUAUAAAAUAUGCCUUCACAGGAGAAGUUAUAAUUCCCAACAAGUACUGCACACUUAAAGUGUCCUUGUAUCUGCAUACAGCUACAUUAAAGUGUGUUACAAACCAUUUAUUAAAUGUUUUAGUGCUUAUAAUGCUAAAUAGUGGGAUUUAAAGUAAAGUUUUACUGAAAAGGAUAAUAAUCUUUCUUUGUUGUUUCCCUAUUUCACCAUAUGUUAAAAAAAUAAGUCACGAUUUGCUUUUUUGUGCUUUCAAAAAAGGAAAAUUGCAUCUCCUCUCAUUCUCUCCAGCUCUCAGAGGUCACAACAUUUUAUUUUCUGCUGCCAAAUAAUCAGUUUGUGAUUGAUUUCCACCCCUGUGGUGUUUUAAAGAUGCAUUUCGAAGAGCAGAAUGUCUUUAAAUUGAUAUUAUACUCCAUAUUUUCUAACCAUCAGCCCUGGUUGUGACAGCAGAGACUGAAUUUUUAAACUGUCAGAAGAUAUUUUAUUAUUUAACAGGGCACUACAUGCGUGCUGUAUGACAACGGUGAUUAAUGAUUCAUCCUUUUCAGUGUCUCUUUCUGUGUUUUGAGUGUUCAGUCCAGGAGUUUCUCUGGGUUUUAAAUUUGCAUCUUGAUAACAAUCACUACAAUGGAAAAAACAACAACAACAAACUGCAGGCAACUAUUAAAGAGAAGCUUGAUAUUUUAAAACAAGAAUUUAUAUUUUGAUGAAAAUGCAUAUUCCAUAUUUAAGAUAAACUAUUUUGGAAAAAGGGCCAGUGAACUUUUUUCAGGUGAUUGAGUAUCAAAUAAAGUAUGUGAGGUGACAAUGUUUGUGUGUUUCCAUGCAUCUUUGUGCAGCAGUACAAGCAGUAAUAAUAAUAGAUGCAUUUUCACAAUCUUUCUUUAUUCAUCUUUCUUGUAAGCAGGUGUUCAAACAAUCUGGAUCAGCUAAAAUGAGACCUUUUUUAAAUCUAGUAUUUUAGAUUCAGUUUUGUUUGUAAUAUUCAGAAGCUGAUGGAAAGACAGUGAAAAGUGAGCCGCACAAUAUCAGGCUCCAGGCAAAGCGCGGUCACGUUACGUCGUGACGUUCUAAUCAUGUCUAUUGUGCGUGCGCGCCGGAACUCCUGUUGCCUUCAUGUCCUCCUACCAAGCUCAAACUUUAGACGCUCAAAUCCGAAAUACCUUCAAUGCCCAAUUAAGUAUGUAGAUCCGAAAACUAUUCCCUCUCAGAACAAUGUAAUAAUGGUGAAUAGUAAUAAAACUCUUUCUUCAUUGUAAGAUAGUUUUAAUAAAGCCUAAGCCUAUCAUUUUAUAUUUUUGUUCACAUUUCAUUGGCAUCCUGCAUCUUUGCUUUUUAAUAUCA